UUUAGUUAAAAAAAAAAUGUCAAAUUCAAGAAGAUGUGCAGCUUGCAAAUAUUUAAGAAGAAGAUGUCCUAAAGAUUGCAUUUUUGGACCCUACUUUCCUUCAACUAAUCUCGAGAGAUUUGCUUCUGUCCAUAAAAUCUUUGGAGCCAGCAAUGUUGCCAAGAUGUUAAAGCAACUUCCAGAGGAAAGGAGGAGUGAAGCAGCAGAGAGCAUGGUGCUUGAAGCAAGGUCACGGGUUCGAGACCCGGUGUAUGGAAGUGUUGGUACAAUAACUCAAUUGAGGCAACAAAUUAUGGAAGCUGAAUAUGAGUUGGCCAAGACACAAGGUCUCAUAGCCUUAUUGAGCCAUGCACAAAAUUUGCAUGAACAACAACAAAAAUUUGAAGCAGAAAACAAACUUCCCUUAAUUUCUCAAAAUCAAGAUAAUUUGCAUUUUGAUCAUUCAUUGUUAUUGAAUGAUUUGAAUCAACAACAACAAAGUAAGAAUUACAUUAGUUGGGGAUUUGAGUAA